UGGGGCACCCGUGGUACCCGGGAGGGUGGCAGGUGGGGCACCCAUGUUCUACCUGGGGUGGCAGGUGAGCCCAUAACCAUUGUAGAGGCCAACAUCCUCAGAGGCCUGAGUGUGGGGAGGUAGGCUCUGACUCCCUAGGGAGAGAGGGACACUUAGGAAACAGACGGGCCCUGGAAGUGGGACAUGAAGAGUGACCUGGCCAUCCAGUGUAGGCUGAGAUGCUAGGGGCACAGAAAGAAGAGAUCUGCCGAUGCCAGCCUUCCAACCAUUUCCCAGCUUGGCCAAGAGCCAGCUCUGGUAUUCGUGAAGGAACAGAUCCUGGGUGAAGCUAGAGGGAAGGCCGCAGAGGCAAAAGGAGGGAGGAGCUAGGCCAGGGGUCAGCGACUGACCCUCGGGGCCAGUGUACAGGGGUUGCAACUGGGAGCCUAGGGGGCCCCAAGGCACCUCCAGGCCCAAUCUACCUCUGGGCUUUCCUCAAGCUCUCCCUAGGAUUACUGCGGUUUCCUCCUGGCGCCUCUCGUCUUGGACAGCCAUGCCCCCCUCCAUGCUGCACUAAUGGCUCAGCCUGGGGCCCCAGGGACCUCCCCUACCCCCCAGACUGCUCUGUCGGCCCCCUUUCCCCCCUACUGCUGAAACCCAAUCCUCUGCAGCAGCGCCGGCUCAGCACCACCGGCUCAGCACCGCUCCGCAGCCCCUGCCUGCCACGGUCAGCUACGCCCCACCUGGUCUGCUGCGGAGUCCCUAGCCCAGUGGAGCCACUGCCUGUUCCUCGGGAAGGAACAGUGGGACCUAACCGGCCAGAUCACCUCCUCCAGUCCUGCCAGGCUAGUGCCUCCCUGCCUUCCAACCUUGGCUGUCUCCCACCCUCUCCUCUCCUCUCCUUGCCUGGCCUCCUGAAUCCUAUCUUAGCCUCCUUAGCCCCCUGACUGACCCUCUCUCGCUUCUUCCAAGCCUCUGUAGCUGGUCCCGCUCCUGGGUUCUGGCCAUGAAGCCCACCUCAGGCCCAGAGGAGGCCAGGCGGCCAGCCUCGGACAUCCGCGUGUUCGCCAGCAACUGCUCGAUGCACGGGCUGGGCCACGUCUUCGGGCCAGGCAGCCUGAGCCUGCGCCGGGGGAUGUGGGCAGCGGCCGUGGUCCUGUCAGUGGCCACCUUCCUCUACCAGGUGGCUGAGAGGGUGCGCUACUACAGGGAGUUCCACCACCAGACUGCCCUGGAUGAGCGAGAAAGCCACCGGCUCAUCUUCCCGGCUGUCACCCUGUGCAACAUCAACCCGCUGCGCCGCUCGCGCCUAACGCCCAACGACCUGCACUGGGCUGGGCCUGCGCUGCUGGGCCUGGAUCCCGCAGAGCACGCUGCCUUCCUGCGCGCCCUGGGCCGGCCCCCUGCACCGCCCGGCUUCAUGCCAAGUCCCACCUUUGACACGGCGCAACUCUAUGCCCGUGCUGGGCACUCCCUGGACGACAUGCUGCUGGACUGUCGCUUCCGUGGCCAACCUUGUGGGCCUGAGAACUUCACCACGAUCUUCACCCGGAUGGGAAAGUGCUACACAUUUAACUCUGGCGCCGAUGGGGCAGAGCUGCUCACCACUACUAGGGGUGGCAUGGGCAAUGGGCUGGACAUCAUGCUGGACGUGCAGCAGGAGGAAUAUCUACCUGUGUGGAGGGACAAUGAGGAGACCCCGUUUGAGGUGGGGAUCCGAGUGCAGAUCCACAGCCAGGAGGAGCCGCCCAUCAUCGAUCAGCUGGGCUUGGGGGUGUCCCCGGGCUACCAGACCUUUGUUUCUUGCCAGCAGCAGCAGCUGAGCUUCCUGCCACCGCCCUGGGGCGAUUGCAGUUCAGCAUCUCUGAACCCCAACUAUGAGCCAGAGCCCUCUGAUCCCCUGGGCUCCCCCAGCCCCAGCCCCAGCCCUCCCUAUACCCUCAUGGGGUGUCGCCUGGCCUGCGAAACCCGCUACGUGGCUCGGAAGUGCGGCUGCCGAAUGGUGUACAUGCCAGGCGACGCGCCAGUGUGCAGCCCCCAGCAGUACAAGAACUGUGCCCACCCGGCCAUAGAUGCCAUGCUUCGCAAGGACUCGUGCGCCUGCCCCAACCCGUGCGCCAGCACGCGCUACGCCAAGGAGCUCUCCAUGGUGCGGAUCCCGAGCCGCGCCGCCGCGCGCUUCCUGGCCCGGAAGCUCAACCGCAGCGAGGCCUACAUCGCUGCAGGGAGUACAGGUGUGAGCCACCGUGCCCGGCCUCUCCCAGGGUUCUUGAAAGGAGUGGGAGAACCCACAGCUGCUUCUUGCCAGCAGUGGGCACCAGGCGGUGGCCAGCCCACGUUUGAGGCCAUUCUUGUCCUCAGGGAGAACGUGCUGGCCCUGGACAUCUUCUUUGAGGCCCUCAACUAUGAGACCGUGGAGCAGAAGAAGGCCUAUGAGAUGUCGGAGCUGCUUGGUGACAUUGGGGGCCAGAUGGGGCUGUUCAUCGGGGCCAGCCUGCUCACCAUCCUUGAGAUCCUAGACUACCUCUGUGAGGUGUUCCGAGACAAGGUCCUGGGAUAUUUCUGGAACCGACAGCACUCCCAAAGGCACUCCAGCACCAAUCUGCUUCAGGAAGGGCUGGGCAGCCAUCGAACCCAAGUUCCCCACCUCAGCCUGGGCCCCAGUACUCUGCUCUGUUCCGAAGACCUCCCACCCCUCCCUGUGCCGUCACCAAGACUCUCUCCGCCUCCCACCGCACCUGCUACCUUGUCACACAGCUCUAGACCUGCUGUCUGUGUCCUCGGAGCCUCACCCUGACAUCCUGGACAUGCCUAGCCUGCACGUAGCUUUUCCGUCUUCACCCCAAAUAAAGUCCUAAUGCAUCA